CGGUGCCCGGCUCUUCUUGCUGCGCUGGGACUGCUCCCCUACGGAGACUUGGUCGGGGCCAUGCAGACGGCGGCGUGGGCACGGUACUUGUCUCGGUCGUGGCUCUGCAGGAGGGCCUGGCCAGGCUGCAGCCGGCACUACCGGGCCGUGCUGUGCUCCGAGUUGAAGCAGCCCCUGGCAAUUGAGGAGGUCGCCCCCCGUCCUGUUGGGCCCCACGAGGUCAGAGUUGAUGUCCAUUUCUCUGGAGUUAACUUUGCUGAUAUUUUGGUAUGUCGUGGUCAGUAUCAGGAAAAGCCCCGACUUCCUUUCAUACCUGGAGUGGAGUUUUCUGGAAUAGUAUUGGAGACAGGCAGAGAUGUCCACACGGUGAAAGAGGGAGAUCGAGUUAUUGGCUUAAGGAGGCUUAAUUGUAUGGCUGGAGAAUGCAUCAUUGAUCACAAGGCACUGUGGCAGAUUCCAGAAGGGAUCUCCCUCCGAGAGGCUGCUGUCCUGCCUGCAUCUUAUAGCACUGCUAUUUUGGCCCUGGAGCAUCGGGCCCGUACCCAGCCUGGAGAAACUGUUUUAGUGACGGCAGCUGCUGGAGCCACAGGCCUGGCUGUGAUAGAUGUGGUGACAAAUGUUCUUCAGGCCAAGGUCAUAGCAGCAGCUGGAAGUGAGGAGAAGUGCAAGCUGGCGAUGCAGAAGGGCGCACAGUUCAGUGUGAACUACAGUCAGGGCAGCCUGAAGGAGGCACUGGGGAAGCUGGUGGGCAGCAGAGGGGUGGACGUGGCCAUCGACACCGUGGGAGGAGAUGUCUUCCUGGAGGCUCUCCGCAGCCUGGCAUGAGAGGGCAGGAUUGUGGUAGUGGGUUUUGCUGGAGGAACCAUUGCUUCUGUGCCGGCCAAUCUUCUGCUCCUGAAGAAUAUCUCUGCCAUGGGGAUAUUCGGGGUCCGAUACCAGGGCCAGAACUUUCCCGUCUUCUCCAGGGCCCUGUCCUCAGCAAUUCAGUACUGCCUUGAAGGGCGCAUCCAUCCAUACAUUGGAGCGGUUUUUAAGCUGGAGGAGUCCCCAUAA